AUGAGUGAACAGGGCCAGCCUUCGCACAAGCUAAGCUUGGUGUUUCAUGAACUCCGUCUUGAGGGAAAAUUCUGUGAUGCAGUCAUCAAAGUAGAGGAUGUCGAAUUUCCCGUCCACAAGGUCAUCCUCUGUAACUGUACUUCAUACUUUAGAGCUCUUUUCACACGCUGGUCCGAACCAGAGCAGAUGGUUUUCCAAAUACCGGGCAUGUCUGCUGACAUCAUGCAGCUCAUCCUGGACUACGCGUACACCGGCUCGGUUACCGUCACGGAGGCCAACGUCCAGCAACUUCUGCUGGCUGCCGAUCAGCUCAACGCGGUGGAAGUCAUACAAAUGUGCUGCGAGUUCCUGGAGAGGAUGCUCUGCCCGAAGAACUGCAUCGGCAUCUGGCAGUUCACUAAUGUCUGCUUCGACCUCAAGCUGCACUCCAAGGCCUACCUCUACAUUAUUGAGCACUUUGAGGAGGUUGUACCCUGUAAAGAGUUCCUGCAGUUAUCCGUGGAGGAGCUGACUGAUAUUAUAGAUAAAGAUGACCUCAUUGUGAGGCAGGAGAGCACUGUGUAUGAGGCUAUCAUGAGGUGGAUCUCCCAUGUUCCAGAGGAGCGAGAGAAACAUAUUGCGACUCUCAUGUCUAAGGUCAGGAUGGCCCUGUUGGGUGUAGAGUACAUCAGGACCAACGUGCUAUCCAAUGAGCUGGUGAAGAACAGCACUGAAUGUCUGCCUAUGAUCUCGAAUGCCACGAGAACCAUAUCCCACAUCCUCACGUACAGGCUCCCUUUUUCUGGGAUCUGUAACCCCCUUCUCCGGCCCCGCCUGCCCAGCACCAUUCUCUUGGCUAUCGGGGGCUGGAGUGGCGGUGACCCCACCAAUGGCAUCGAGGCCUAUGAUAUCCGGGCUGACCGCUGGACUAACGUGACGAACAAUCUUGAGCGGCCUCGCGCCUAUCACGGCGCUGCCUUCCUGAACGGGUACGUGUACUGCGUCGGUGGCUUCGACAGGGUGGAGCAUUUCAACAGCGUGCGCAGGUUCGACCCGCUCACGCACACCUGGCACGAGGUGGCACCGAUGUACUGCCGCCGGUGCUACGUGAGCGUCACCGUCCUGAACGGAUGCAUCUACGCAAUGGGAGGUUACGAUGGACACACACGCCUCAAUUCCGCGGAGUACUAUCGACCUGAACUCAACCAGUGGAGCUUUAUUGCACCAAUGCACGAGCAGAGGAGCGACGCCAGCUGCACGGCCCUCAAAAACAAGGUUUACAUUUGUGGUGGAUUUGAUGGACACGAGUGCCUUCAGACAGCAGAGUACUACAGCCCAGAAACCAACCAGUGGACUCUAAUCUCCCCCAUGAACAGCCGGCGCAGCGGAAUAGGAGUCAUUGCAUAUGCAGAUCAUGUGUAUGCAGUUGGCGGAUUUGACGGCAACAACCGUUUGCGCACGGCUGAAGCCUACAACCCACAAACCAACACUUGGGAAAGCGUGGCCUCCAUGAUCACCCCCCGCAGUAACUUUGGCAUCGAGGUGCUGGAAGACAGGCUCUUCGCUGUGGGGGGGUUCAAUGGCUUCACCACCACCUACAAUGUGGAGUUCUAUGACUCUACGGUGGAUGAGUGGUCGGAGGUGUGCGACAUGGAGAUCUUCCGCAGCGCCCUGAGCUGCUGCGUGCUGUCAGGACUCCCCAACAUGACGGAGUACGCCGUGCGCCGGGACACCCUGCCACUGCUGCACUUUGAGGAAGACAAGGCAGAGUCAGGAGACUCCACCUGA